UCUCUCUCUCUCUCUCUCUCUCUCUCUGUCUCUCUCUUCAGAUUUCACAGCAAAAAAGUUUCAUCUUUCUGCUUCUCUCUGCCACUUCUUUGUUGUUUUCGAGCCUUGGAACAUCUUUCGCUUCGUUUCGCUCGGCAUCUUUCUUUUCCUUCUCCCUCCUCCUGCUGAUCUCUCCUCGACCCCUGAUCGGACGAGGAGCAACGGACGUCCUCUGCGAGCGAACCCUUUUGGAGUUUUGAUUGGACUCUUGGCGCUUGUAGGGAUGCCAUCGUCAGAUGAUUGAUUGAGCUUGAAUGCAUCUGAGCUUUGAACCGCAUUAAAAGCAAGUGGGUCUUUCUUGGUUGUGAGUUUGGGAGAUGGGUUGCUUUCCUUGUUUUGAUUCGAGGGAAGAAGAGACGCUGAAACCGGACAAAGGAAGUGACGACCCGAAACACGGCCUCUCAACUAUGUCCUCCAAGAUUUCCAGCUUGCCGUCCGGGGCAGAAAGACUGAGGUCGAGAAGCAAUGUGGGGUCAAAAAGGGAUCUAAUUGGCCCUAAGGAUGGACCGGGUGCACAAAUUGCUGCUCAAACCUUCACCUUCCGCGAACUCGCUGCUGCUACGAAGAACUUUAGGUCGGAGUGUUUUUUAGGGGAAGGAGGAUUUGGGCGCGUAUACAAAGGGAGACUUGAGAGCACUGGACAGGUUGUUGCAGUUAAACAACUGGAUAGGAAUGGUCUCCAGGGUAACCGCGAAUUUCUGGUGGAGGUUCUGAUGCUGAGCCUUCUGCAUCACCCUAAUCUCGUGAGUCUGAUUGGUUACUGUGCUGAUGGUGAUCAACGGCUUCUUGUCUAUCAAUUCAUGCCCUUGGGAUCGUUGGAAGAUCAUCUUCUCGAUCUUCCACCGGAUAAGGAACCGCUAGAUUGGAACACAAGAAUGACUAUAGCGGCCGGUGCAGCCAAAGGUUUAGAAUACCUGCAUGACAAAGCUAAUCCCCCGGUUAUUUAUAGAGAUUUCAAGUCAUCCAAUAUAUUACUGGAUGAAGGGUUCCGUCCAAAGCUCUCCGAUUUUGGUCUCGCGAAGCUUGGUCCUGUUGGAGACAAAUCGCAUGUUUCCACAAGGGUCAUGGGCACUUAUGGAUAUUGUGCUCCAGAGUAUGCAAUGACGGGACAAUUAACCGUUAAAUCUGACGUCUAUAGUUUUGGGGUAGUCUUCUUAGAGCUGAUCACUGGACGAAAAGCCAUCGACAGCUCCCGUCCCCAUGGGGAACAGAAUCUUGUAACAUGGGCACGUCCACUAUUCAAUGACAGGCGAAAAGUUUCAAAAUUGGCGGAUCCAAGGCUGCAGGGGCGUUAUCCAAUGCGGGGUCUAUAUCAGGCGCUUGCUGUGGCAUCCAUGUGUAUACAAGAGCAGGCGGCUGCGCGUCCUCUCAUCGGUGACGUGGUGACGGCCCUUUCUUACCUAGCGAACCAGGCGUAUGAUCCUAACAUAGCUUCUAAUUAUGGGAACAAAGGAUCCGGCGCCGAUGAGAGAGGUGGCAAGAUUUUGAGGAACGAGGAUGCUGGAGGUUCCGGGCGCAGCAGGUGGGAAUUCGAGGGGUUCGAGAAGGAUGAUUCUCCAAGGGACGGUAAGUUGUUAAAUAGGGACUUGAAUAGAGAAAGGGCCGUUGCUGAGGCGAAGAUGUGGGGAGAGAAUUUGCGAGAGAAAAGACGGCAGAGCGCUCAAGGCAGUUUUGAUGGAUCUAAUGGCCGGCUGUCUUGAUCGAGAAUUUCUCGCUUUGUCCCCUCCUCGAGCCUCUCGGCUUGCUUUCUGUCAACCAUACGAAGCAGAUGCAGGGCAUUCAUGCUGUGGAGCGCACAUUCCAUUUUGUCGAAAGGGAAUGAGUGGAGAGAUUGUGGUCGAAUUAGGAGGACUUGGUCCCUACUCUUUUAACUCCGGCACUUUUCGGGGUCUAUGUCUCCAUUCUCUGUUUAUACUUUCUUGAAAUUUUGGAGGAAGAGGAGUUGGGUGUAUAUCAUUUGCUAGGACAGCAUUCUAGAAAGAGAAUCUAGAGGAAGAGAGACUUUGUCUGUCUUGUAACGCUUGUGCUGAAUCGUGUAAGUUCAUUCUGAGCAGAAUUUUGCCUGCAUUUUCUAA